AUGGACAUGUGUGGGUGGAAGCUAUUCUUCUCAGGUGUCAACAUUACGACGCGCGCUCAGCUCGGUGUUGGUGUUCUGGUAGAACCAUGUCUGGUUAAUAGAAUUUUUGAAUGGAAUCCUGUCGACGCAGGAGUCUCGCUCGAUUUGAAGAUAGAAUAUGAGUCCAUCCUUGAGGAAGUGAAGAGUGUUCUGUACGAAGUGCUGACUACCGAGUCCUUCAUUUUAAUGGAUGAUUUUGAUGCUCAUGUCAGAACAGAACUGAAAAGGGCGCAGAGAUGUCAACCGAUUAUUAACUUGUUGUUGGCUAUGCUGGAAGCGAAGGAGUACGAUGCAAAGUCCUGGCGACAGAAGCAACCGGAGAAUAAAACGAAAAGCAUUAUCUUCUGCGGACACAAAGGCCAAGUUUGCAAGCGACAUCGCAUGAUGUUACGGGUACUGAUCGAUGAAAAUGCAGAGAAGGAAUUCGAUUGGAAGCUAGUCGGCUUUCAGAGUGACGAUCCGUCUACAGAUUUCCGUGGCAUGGGUCUACUUGGACUGAAGCAACUAAUCUACUUCUGCGAGAAGGAAACGUGCACUGCGCGCCACAUGAUCUUGAAAGCGUACUCGUUUCACAACGGCUAUCCAUUUGCGAUUGUUGGAAUCAACAUCACGGCAAUGAUCAGGGACAUGCUCUCCGACGGACGCUUGAAAUUCUACUUUUACGAAAGUAAACCCGCCAUGACGCUGCACGAUUUCCACGACGUUUACUGUAAGUUAUUUUUGCUUAUUAAUACAUUUUUUGAGAAAUAAGA